CUCAGGGACACGCAGCAUGAAGUCGGUGGCCGCCCUCCUGCUGGUGGGGAUGCUCAUCCUCUGGACAGAGAUGCCGACAGGCAGCGCCUGGUCCUGCCCACCCGUCCGUAUCACCUGCGCCUUGCUCAACCCACCAAACCAGUGCUACAGCGACAGGCAAUGCCCGCGGUACAAGAAGUGCUGCCCAUCCUUCUGCGGGAGGAGAUGCCUCUCACCCCGGCCUGCCCUCCCCGUCUCCUACGCGUGAGCUCCUGCUCCCAGGACAGAUCGAGGACCUUCUCAGCAUCCCCGUGCCACCCUGGCACCAGCCAGCUGCCCACGCCUCCGCUAAGGCUUGUCCUGCCCGAUGCCAGCUCCUGGGAGGAUGGGGACAGCCACCAUGCUCAGAGACCACCCCGGCUCCAGGACCACCCUGCUCCCAGGCUGCCGCAUGGUGUCACGUGCUGCCCGCUCGCCCUCUCCCUCCGCUUCCCCGCUGCUCUUUUAACAAAUAAAAGAACUCGUCCUAGG